GGAUUUUUUAAAAUAACCCAUAUUUCCAGCUAAAAUUAUCAUUCACUCACUUUUAUUUAUCUUAUGGCCAGGGCCACCUAAUUGCUUGAACACUAUCUUUUGGCAUUGCUAAUCAGAUGGUUGGCCCUUACAAAUUUGCAAUUUCCUGCAUUGGACAAUAAAGAAACAUACUAUCUUUAACCAACUUAACUACCAACAACCAGGAAGCUAAACAUUUGGCUAUCAUUUUGUCAUCGAAAAGGUCAGAUCACCAACCUUGUUUUACUCCAAUCCAGUCGGAUGACUUCCACAAUUAGGACAAAUCAGAGACUUUGCUCAGUCCCUUUUCAGAUUUGUCUGAGGUACCGGUAGCAAGCACGGUGCUUCCCCUUGUUGAACUUGCCUCGGAUUUCUCAGGCACCUGAGUUGAAGACAAAGACUGCAUACCUUUUCGGGUUUUUUGUUUCGAUCUGUUUGAAUAAGGAAGACAAUGGCGUUUACAGGAACUCUGGAUAAAUGCAGCGCCUGUGAUAAGACUGUUUAUGUUACCGAAAUGUUGUCCCUUGAAGGAGUACCUUAUCAUAAAUCCUGCUUCAAAUGCAGCCACUGCAAGGGAUUUCUCUCGAUGAGCACCUAUUCCUCCAUGGAUGGAGUCCUCUACUGCAAACCUCAUUUCGAGCAGCUUUUCAAGGAAUCUGGGAAUUUCGGCAAAAAUUUCGCAAAAUCUGCCGAGAAGCAGGGCGAACAACUGAAUAGGGCCCCCAGCAAGCUCUCUUCCAUGUUCUGUGGAACCCAAGACAAGUGUGCAACUUGCUCAAAGACAGUCUAUCCACUGGAGAAGGUGACAUUGGAGGGAGAAAGUUACCACAAGUCAUGCUUCAGGUGUGCUCAUGGGGGCUGUCCCCUUACACAUUCAUCCUAUGCGGCUCUUGAUGGAGUCCUUUACUGCAAGCACCAUUUUUCUCAGCUCUUCCUGGAGAAAGGGAACUACAGCCAUGUUCUCCAGGCUGCUGCAAAUAGGAAAAAUGCCACAUCUGCUGAAGCAACUGACGAAGCAGCUGCCGCUGCUGAGGCCGCCUCCAAGGAGGCGCAACCAGAACCAGAAUCAGAAUCUAAGGACCAGACUGACCAGCCACCUGAGGAGUCUUAAAAAUGCUUUUUGUGCCACAUCUCUUCCUCUUGCUUUUCAGAGUAACUUGAAAACUUCAUUUUUGUUCUUUUGGCUGAAAAACCCUCCUCAUCUUGUUCAAAUAUAUGUAUAAUUUGUUCACAUAUUACUUUCAGACUGUAAGCUGAUUUUGGUUGCUUGUUUUAAACAAAAUCACAUGGAUAUUAAAUGUAUCCAAUUUUUUUUUUCC